AUGAAGAUUGCAGCAUUCAUAGAAGCCUCUGGGGAGUCAUUGAAAGAUCUUUCACUGAAUAAUUUCAAGCAGAUGAGAGUUAGCCGCAAUACUGCACUAUCAAUUGCUAGACGAGCAAGAAAUUUGCAGAGUUUGGAUCUAUCAUGGUGCUGGAACCUGUCACUGAAGGUGCUCAAGAUCUUUGAGUGUGAUCUGCUGGCAGAUGUUCUACUAAGUGGUCACUCGAUUCCAGUAGUGGAAAUCAUUGGGAUGAAGAUCUCCAGCAAAUGGCAGGGCGAGUGA